AUGUCUUUCAACCUCCACCCCUCCAUCAACAAAGGCAUCACAAAAGGCACCUCAUCCUUCUCGGGCGGCUCCCUCCACUGCCACUGCAAAACCUCUCCCGUCACCAUUUCUCUCUCCUCAAAUGUCGCCCACAACCACGCCUGCGGCUGCUCCAAAUGCUGGAAACCCUCUGGCGCAAUCUUCUCCAUCGUCGGCGUAGUGCCCCGCUCCUCACUCUCCAUUUCCUCUGGUGCCAACAAACUCUACAUCGUAGACAAGACAGCAGUAAUCCAACGCCACGCAUGCAAGGNNGACUGUGGCGUCCACAUGUUUGGAAGAAUUGAAACCGAGCAUGCCUUCCAUGGCUUGGACUUUGUGCAUGUGGAGUUGAGUGAGCAGAAGGGCUGGCAGGAACCUCAGUUUGCGGCGUUUGUGAGCAGUGUUAUUGAGCAAGGGUUGAUUGCUCCUGAGCAGGCCGAUCAGGUUAGAAAACAGUUGAAGGGCUUGGGGUUGGAGACUUAUGAUGCGCUGAGUCCGGGGUUGAUGGAUGCGAUUGCUACUUUUGUGGCUAAGAAGAAUGGAGCGUUGAGGGAGUCGAAGCUGUAG